AAAAAAGCGCGAAAGAAAAAAAUAAACCGCGCUAGAGCCGAUGGCAACCUGCAUCCCCCGUGGCCAAUUCCCCGGACCGGCAUGGGGCCGACUGAUUGAGGGAAAGAGAAAAGUGGGAGAAAGAGCGAGUGCGGCAUCUCCAGGUUUCUCCUCUUCCAGGUCCAGGUCUAUAAAAUCUGCCGUUCUUCCCCCCCCUCCAGGUUGUCCGACCUUCUUGUCACGUAGAUCUUCUCUCUUUUCUCUUCUUCCCUUCAUCCUUCUCCUUUUGAGCCUCGUGGUGAUCAACAUCCCUAUCCACUCUCAUAUCUAACCUUCCACUUCUCUACUUUCGGGGUUGAUCACUGCCAUCGAUCGCCAUGGCGGACGUUGUCGUCGAUACCUCGCGCGUCGAGGCGCCUGUGACAUGGAAGACCUACCUGAUGUGUGCCUUUGCGGCCUUCGGUGGUAUCUUCUUCGGUUAUGACUCUGGUUACAUUUCCGGUGUUAUGGCCAUGGAUUUCUUCAUCACGGAAUUCGAGGGUCUCGACAAGGCCACCACUCCGACCGAUCUUUUCGUCAUUCCUUCCUGGAAGAAGUCUUUGAUCACUUCCAUUCUGUCUGCUGGUACUUUCUUCGGUGCUCUGAUCGCUGGUGACUUGUCCGAUUGGUUUGGUCGUCGGACUACCAUUGUCGCUGGUUGCGGUAUCUUCAUUGUCGGUGUCGUCCUUCAGACUGCUUCCGCCAGCACUGCUCUGCUCGUGGUCGGUCGUCUGAUUGCCGGUUUUGGUGUCGGUUUCGUUUCCGCCAUCAUUAUCCUGUACAUGUCCGAGAUUGCGCCCCGCAAGGUCCGCGGUGCCAUCGUCUCUGGUUACCAGUUCUGCAUCACCAUUGGUCUGAUGCUGGCUUCCUGCGUCGACUAUGCCACCCAGAACCGCGCCGAUUCUGGCUCCUACCGCAUCCCCAUCGGUAUCCAGAUCGCCUGGGCUCUCAUCCUGGGUACCGGUCUCCUUCUGCUGCCCGAGUCUCCUCGUUACUUCGUCAAGAAGGGCGAUCUGACCAAGGCCGCCGACGCUCUUGGCCGUGUCCGUGGCCAGCCCCACGAUUCUGAGCUCAUCCGCUCCGAAUUGGCUGAGAUUGUCGCCAACCACGAGUACGAGAUGCAGGCCAUUCCCCAGAGCGGCUACUUUGGCAGCUGGUUCAACUGCUUCCGUGGAAGUCUCUGGAACCCCAACAGCAACCUCCGUCGUACCAUCCUGGGUACUUCUCUGCAGAUGAUGCAACAGUGGACUGGUGUCAACUUCGUCUUCUACUUCGGUACCACCUUCUUCAAGAGCUUGGGAACCAUCAGCGACCCUUUCCUGAUCAGCAUGAUUACAACCAUCGUCAAUGUCUGCUCCACUCCCAUCUCCUUCUACACCAUGGAAAAGCUCGGUCGUCGUACUCUGCUCCUCUGGGGUGCUCUGGGCAUGGUUAUCUGCCAGUUCAUCGUCGCCAUUGUCGGAACUGCUGACGAGGGCAACAAGAGUGCCGUCAGCGCGGAAAUCUCCUUCAUCUGCAUUUACAUCUUCUUCUUCGCCAGCACCUGGGGUCCUGGUGCCUGGGUCGUCAUCGGCGAGAUCUUCCCUCUGCCCAUCCGUUCCCGUGGUGUUGCUCUGUCCACCGCCUCCAACUGGCUCUGGAACUGCAUCAUCGCUGUCAUCACCCCCUACAUGGUCGACACCGACAAGGGUAACCUCAAGGCCAAGGUCUUCUUCAUCUGGGGAUCUCUCUGCGCCUGUGCCUUUGUCUACACCUACUUCCUCGUCCCCGAGACCAAGGGUCUCACCCUCGAGCAGGUCGACAAGAUGAUGGAGGAGUCCACUCCCCGUACCUCUGCCAAGUGGAAGCCCCACGGCACCUUCGCCGCUGAGAUGGGUCUCACUGAGAAGGAUAUGGCCGAGAAGACUGGCGGCGAGGUUGUUCACCAGGAGGUUUAAACGAUCUUGGCGGUGCCAACUCUCCGUCUCUGAGGGCUUCUGAGACUUCUUGUGAUUUUCUUCUUACUUACCAACGUCACGUAUACCCAUGGUUACGCUUCAUGUUACAAUAAUACUCAAUGUCUACAGAGGAAUGAGACUCUAAUAUCUGUUUUAA